AUGGUUCACUGCGCUGGCUGUGAAAGGCCCAUUCUAGACAGGUUCCUACUCAAUGUUCUGGACAGACCUUGGCACAUACAAUGUGUACAGUGCUGUGAAUGUAAAUGCAAUUUGACUGAAAAAUGUUUUUCAAGAGAGGGGAGAUUGUACUGCAAAAACGACUUCUUUAGGAGAUUUGGCACUAAGUGUGGAGGCUGCGCCCAGGGGAUCUCCCCUAAUGAUUUAGUUCGGAGGGCAAAGACCAAAGUGUUUCACCUCAACUGUUUCACUUGUAUGAUGUGUAACAAACAGUUAUCUACCGGAGAGGAACUUUAUAUACUAGACGAAUUCAAGUUUGUUUGUAAAGAGGACUACUUAAGCAGCAACGGAAAGGAGACUACUCUCCUCUCAGUCACGACCUGCAGUGACCCAAGUCUGUCUCCAGAUUCCCAAGACCCUCAGGAAGAUAGUAAAGAUUCAGAAAUCGGGCAUCUCUCUGAUAAAGACACGUGCAACAAUGAAAAUGACGAGCAGAAUGUCGCCGGGAAACGACGUGGGCCGCGAACCACGAUCAAAGCCAAGCAGCUCGAGACCCUGAAAGCUGCUUUUGCCGCCACGCCGAAACCCACAAGACACAUUCGAGAACAGCUCGCGCAGGAGACUGGGCUCAACAUGAGAGUUAUUCAGGUAUGGUUCCAGAACCGGAGGUCUAAAGAGCGCCGUAUGAAGCAGUUGAGUGCGCUCGGCGCGAGAAGGCACGCGUUCUUCCGCAGUCCACGGCGCAUGAGAACGCUUGUUGACCGACUGGAACCCGGGGAGCUGAUUCCCAAUGCACACUUCUCCUACUAUGGAGAUUACCAGAGUGAAUACUAUGGUCCUGGAGGGAAUUAUGAGUACUUUGUCCCGGGUCCCCCAUCCUCCCAGGCCCAGACCCCUGCAGACCUGGGCUUCGUGGCCUCCUUCCGGCCCCCGCGGGCACCCCCCCUGGGGGCCCUGGACCCCCACCUGGCCGGACACCACCCCCUGGAGAAGUGCCCCUGCUACACAGACAUUAUCUCUCAGCACCCUGCGGACUCCCCCAGCCCUGAGCCCAACGGGCCCGGCUCCAUGCACAGCAUCUCCAGUGACAUGUGUGGGCCCGGGACUACCCCUUCACCCACGCUGUCGCUAAACAGCGGCUACAGCAACCAGCUGUCCCACCCCUCGUCUGAGAUGAGCGAAAGGCACUGGCUGGUCACUGUGUAG